AUGCAUCGUACUUCGGUGUCUGGCGAAUGUCUGAGUGAUGGGAGGGUAUGCCUGGAAGAUGAGGUGUUGUUGCUGCUGCAACUGAAGAGCAGCCUCAUAUUUAAUACUGCUGCAUCGAAUAAACUAGUUUCCUGGAUUCAAAGCGCGGACUGCUGUUCUUGGGGAGGUGUAACCUGGGACGCCACUGGUCGUGUUGUCUCUCUUGAUCUCAGUAGCGAAUUCAUUUCUGGUGAACUCAAUAGCUCCAGUAGCAUUUUCAGUCUACAAUAUCUCCAGAGCUUGAAUUUGGCUAACAACACCUUCUCUUCUCAAAUUCCAGCAGAAUUCCACAAGCUUGGAAACUUAACUUACCUGAAUUUGUCCAACGCUGGCUUUUCUGGGCAGAUUCCAAUUGAGAUUUCCUACUUGACAAGGUUGGUUACUAUUGAUCUAUCUAGCCUUUAUUUCAUCACCGGUAUCCCAAAACUGAAACUUGAGAACCCAAAUCUGAGAAUGCUGGUUCAGAACCUCAAGAAGCUAAGAGAACUCCAUCUUGACGGUGUAAUCAUAUCAGCCCAGGGAAAGGAGUGGUGCUGGGCAUUAUCAUCUUCAGUACCUAAUCUCCAAGUGCUGAGCUUGUAUAGCUGCCAUCUUUCAGGCCCUAUACAUUAUUCCUUGAAGAAGCUUCAGUCCCUCUCAAGGAUUCGUCUAGAUGACAACAAUAUUGCUGCUCCAGUUCCAGAAUUCCUCUCCAAUUUCUCAAAUUUGACUCACUUGCAGCUCAGUUCUUGUGGAUUAUAUGGAACAUUUCCAGAAAAGAUCUUUCAGGUACCAACCCUCCAGACUCUUGAUUUGUCAUACAACAAGUUGCUCCAGGGUUCUUUGCCAGAAUUCCCUCAGGGUGGAUGUCUAGAAACCUUGGUGCUCUCGGUUACAAAAUUUUCAGGGAAAUUACCCAACUCCAUAGCGAAUCUCAAGAGGUUGGCUAGAAUAGAGCUUGCAGAUUGUGAUUUCAGUGGUCCAAUCCCAACGGUGAUGGCAAACCUUACUCAAUUGGUUUACUUGGACUUCUCUCAUAAUAAGUUCUCUGGUGCAAUCCCAUCCUUUAGUUUGUCCAAGAAUCUAACCCUAAUAGACCUUUCUCAUAAUAAUUUAACAGGUCAGAUUUCUUCCUCUCACUGGGAUGGUUUUGUGAAUUUAGUGACUAUUGACUUUUGUUACAAUUCACUGUAUGGAAGUCUCCCGAUGCCCCUGUUCUCCCUCCCGUCACUGCAGGAGAUACAACUUAACAACAACCAAUUUUCUGGUCCAUUUGGUGAAUUUCCAGCUACGUCUUCUCAUCCCAUGGAUACCCUUGAUUUGAGUGGCAACAAUCUGGAAGGGCCAAUACCUGUAUCCCUCUUUGAUCUCCAGCAUCUUAACAUCCUUGACCUUUCUUCCAACAAAUUCAAUGGCACUGUUGAGCUAAGCCAGUUUCAGAAACUUGGAAAUCUUACUACUCUUAGUCUUUCGUACAACAACUUGUCCAUCAAUCCAAGUCGUAGUAAUCCCACUUCUCCUCUUCUGCCAAUUCUUUCCACAUUAAAAUUGGCUUCUUGCAAGCUCAGAACAUUACCUGAUCUUAGCAGCCAUUCAAUGUUGGUAAUUUUAGACCUUUCCCAAAACCAAAUUCAGGGGAAAAUACCAAAUUGGGUUUGGAAGAUUGGUAAUGGCUCUCUUUCUCAUUUGAAUCUCUCUCAUAAUUUACUGGAGGGUUUGCAGGAACCUUUGUCCAAUCUUCCUCCGUUUCUGUCUACCCUUGACCUUCAUUCCAACCAGCUCCGUGGGCCAAUCCCCACUCCACCAUCUUCCACCUAUGUGGAUUACUCAAACAACAGGUUCACCUCUUCCAUUCCCGAUGAUAUUGGUACUUACAUGACCUUCACUGUUUUCUUCUCUCUUUCAAAGAAUAACAUCACUGGAAUUAUUCCUGCAUCAAUCUGCAAUGCCCAUUACCUGCAAGUUCUUGACUUUUCUGACAACAGUUUAAGUGGCAAAAUACCCUCAUGUUUGAUUGAGAACGGGGGUCUUGCAGUGCUGAAUCUACGGAGAAACAAGUUUAAGGGCACUAUACCUGGGGAAUUCCCAGGUCACUGUCUUUUACAGACCCUAGAUCUCAAUGGGAAUCUUUUAGAAGGAAAAAUUCCAGAGUCUCUGGCCAAUUGCAAAGCAUUAGAGGUUUUAAACCUUGGGAACAAUCGGAUGAAUGAUAUCUUUCCUUGCUGGUUGAAGAACAUAAGCAGUCUGCGUGUUCUUGUUUUGCGAGCCAACAAAUUCCAUGGACCCAUUGGAUGUCCAAAUAGCAAUUCCACCUGGCCAAUGCUUCAAAUUGUCGAUUUAGCUUGGAACAAUUUUAGCGGUGUGUUGCCAGAAAAAUGUUUCUCAAACUGGAGAGCAAUGAUGGCAGGUGAAGAUGACGUCCAAUCCAAGUCCAAUCACCUGCGAUUUAAGGUCCUAGCAUUCAGUCAAUUGUACUAUCAGGAUGCAGUAACAGUUACCAGCAAAGGUCAAGAAAUGGAGCUUGUGAAGGUCCUAACUCUCUUCACUUCCAUUGAUUUCUCAUGCAAUAAUUUCCAAGGGGACAUACCAGAAGAUAUAGGAGACUUGAAGUUACUUUAUGUUCUCAACUUAUCUGGUAAUGGUUUCACAGGCCAAAUCCCAUCAUCACUAGGACAGCUGCGACAGCUUGAGUCAUUAGACCUCUCACUGAACAAGCUGAGCGGGGAGAUCCCUGCACAGCUCUCGAGCCUAAAUUUCCUUUCAGUCCUCAACCUCUCCUUCAAUGGAUUGGUGGGAAGGAUCCCUACAGGAGAUGGAGGAAAUGCUACUACAAACAUGUUGAUGGAAUUCUUUCAAGGAUUCUCCAUCAGAAAAACCAAGGAAGAGAAAGUGGUGGAAGAAGAGGUCACGGAAUUCGGAGGCGGAGAAUGUAGCACUGAUGAAGAGGGAUGUGACCACUGGUCAUAA